AUGAGCCACAAAUUAGACAGUUACAGUCUAAUGAUCGUUUCGAAGUAUUUUAGGACGAUCUACGACUUCAUUAACGCCGAAUUUGUAUGUAAAAAGUUUCAAGGAAAUAUGGAAAAGUUCCACUAUAACCCAAUUACACUUCUUAAAGAAACUCGUCAAUACUUUCCAAACAUCGAAACCCUUUACAUUUAUGAACGAAAUCAUUAUAGAUUCACUGAUGGUAAAAUAGCCGGGUAUGUUGUUUGGUACCAAGUCGACUAUGACAUCUCAUUAAUAGAAGAGAAGAAUAAUUGUAUUUGCAAAAACAUUUCAUAUUCACACCACAAUCAACUCAUUCACGAUAAACUUCCUGUGAACAUAUCAAACAUCGAGUUCAAAUGUUUUUGUGACUCAUCAAUCAGUUCAAUUGAAAUUCCACUUCAGGUCACAAAACUUGGGAUUUUUUCAUUUUUACGAUGUUCCAAUUUGACUUCAGUUCAAAUGGGAAAUGCAGUCACUGAAAUCAGUGAAAGUUGUUUUUCAUUUUGUGUGGUGUUGAAAACCAUUACUUUAUCACAACGUCUUCUAACACUUGGAAACAAUGCUUUUAGUCAUUGCUAUAAUUUACCAACAAUUCAGUUACCAAAUUCUUUGAAUAAUAUCGGAACAUAUACAUUUAAUUAUUGUACUCAAUUGUCUUCAAUUGAUAUCCCACAGUUACUCACUCAAAUCCCAUGUCGCUGUUUUGAUCAUUGUAUUUCACUCUCCUCUGUCGUGUUACCUCCAAACUGUUCACUGAUUUGUCCAUACGCGUUUUCUACAUGUUCGAAUCUUGUUUCAAUCAACUUAAAAGACGUUAAAACAGUCGAAGAAAACGCGUUCUUUGGGUCUCUACAAUUCACUAUUCAGUAA